AUGCCGCUAGUGCCGCAGGACGUAAGAGGAGUGAGUACCCGUGCAAUGUCAGAAGCGCAGCGUGUGAGGGAAGAGGGUGCUGCAGCUCAAACCAGCGAUGCAGAAGCCAAGCCUGUGCAGGUGGAUCUACUGCUACAGCUGCAGCAAAUGAUGGUAGAGCAAGCGCGCCGCCAAGAAGAACAGCUACGGGAGCUGAAAGAAGAUCAAGCUCGUCGCCAAGAGGAGCAAGCUCGUCGCCAAGAGGAGCAAGCUCGUCGCCAAGAGGAGCAUGCACGCUGUCAGGCGGAGCAGCUACGGGAGCUGAAAGAGGAUCAAGCUCGCCGCCAAGAGGAGCAAGCGCAUCGCUUGGAAGACAUGCAUAAGGAUUUCACGAAGGGACUGCAAAAGGCUGUCGAACGGGUACAAGAAGUGGAGGAAGGGUUAGGCAAGUUGAAACAUCGCGUCAUGGCGAUAGAGGAGAGAGUGGAAGAAGAGAUCUCCAAAAUCAAGCAGGAAGUGACAAGCCCAAGCCCUUUGAAGAGCCGAAGCCGUCUUGCAGCCGGUUUUGACGCCCCAAAUGCAGCCUCAAUCGCAACGAAAGGGCUCAAGAUUCCCCAUUACGACGGAACAACAUCCUGGACCGCGUUCAAGCUACAGUUUGAGACACUUAUGGAGGUUUAUGGUUGGACUCAGAAGGAAGCACAGUCAGCCCUCACCUUGGCCCUCCGUGAUCAAGCGCUCACAGUGCUGGAAGCUAUCGGUACAAGUGGGGAUCUCAGUUUUAGUGCCCUCUUCGACGCACUUGAGGCACGUUUUGGAGACAGCCACCUCGAGCACGUGUACAGAGCGCAAUUACAAGAGCGUACUCAGUGUGCUAAUGAGAGCCUACAGCAAUGGUCCGUGGAAAUCGAGAAACUUGUGCGUCGAGCUUUCCGGUCGACUCCGUCAAUGAUUGAAGGCACGCUUCUCCAAGCGUUCAUUGACGGUAUUCGGGACCCCGAAGUACGAGCUGCUGUUCAUCUGGGCCAUCACAAGAACGUGAAAGAAGCUCUGGCCCAUGCAUUGGAAGUGGAAGCCGUGCGUAGCAACUCCCGUACCUUACGUCUGCGGGAAAUGACGACAACGGAGCAGGUACCUCCACGCCGUCGGAACUUCAUGUGCUAUGGAUGUGGAGAGCGUGGGCACAUACGGAGCGACUGCCCGAAGAAGAUGAACCGCCAGGACGCGGCGGUCUCAACUUCUGACCAGCAGGGAAAUUUAAAUCCAGCCAGGGCUGCGGGGUGGGCGCUGGCUGGUAGUGGAACAACCCCAACAAUCUACAUCAAGCAAACCAACGAUGGAAAUACUCUGGUGAUAGCCGGUCAACUCGGUGCGCGACUGUACAUGAACGGAGCGGGGCAAGUGGGCGGAGUGAGCGUAUUUUUCUUGAGGCGACGUUGCGCGGGCGGCGUGGUCGCGUGGGGCGGCCGCCGGCGUCACUCCAUGCCGGAUCACGACAAGUACCAGCUGCGACCGCGCGCAGCGCGCAGCCGCGAGCCGCGUGCGCGCCGCACUCCACAGCCCCUCAGCAAAUACAGGAGGAAAACUGCUAACGCUCGCGAGAGGAGCCGCAUGCGCGAAAUCAACCGCGCCUUCGAGACCCUGCGCCGCGCUGUCCCGGCGUCGGCCAUCACCGGGACUCCGGUGCCUUGCGAGAAGCUGACGAAGAUCACGACGCUGCGGCUAGCCAUGCGCUACAUCUCGGCACUGUCGGCGGUGCUGCGGGAGUCCAGCCCGGAGGCGGACGGCUCUCGCCCCGAGCGCUGGCCGUCGCCGCUGUGCUCCGACCUCUCCGAAUUCUCCACGGAGCUGGAGCAAGAGACGCCGUCGGAGUUCGCGGAGGACUCGCUGUCUCCGUUCGACUCGUUCUUCGCGGAGUUCGACUGCGACUACAUCGACCGGACAUUCGCGUGAUAGUGUUGUGUGGUGUCACUGCUGGACUAUUUCCAAUUAGGUACCUACUAUUUAAUUCUCUUUGCCAUACUAUUAAUUAUUAACUAUAUUUUAUAUGAGAUAUAUUUUGAGAAUUAUUUAUUACUAUUAAUAAAUUUUAAUUGUUAUCGUUAUUACCUCAUGUGUUUGUUUUUA